AUGAAUCGGGAUGCUAAAACAGUAAAAUUACGAGACAAGGUUUCUUUUGUGGUAGGCGUUGGUAAUUCUUGUGUCGCACCUGCACUGGCCAUUCGAUACCCCAACUCUAUUCCCAUUUAUUACAGCGUGCAAUUAGUCAUCUUGCUUAUUUUACGGUAUGUUAUCUAUCGAUCCAGACGAUGGCACUAUUUUAUUUUUGACAUGUGUUAUUUUGUCAAUGUGAUGACUAUGCUCUUUUUAUGGCUCAAACCAGAUUCAAGUUUAUUGUUGAUUGCUACCUUUACCAUGACGAAUGGACCCGUUGCUUGGGCGAUUAUUACAUGGAGAAACUCACUUGUAUUUCACUCGUUGGAUAAGGUGACAUCAGUAUUCAUUCAUAUUUUCCCUCCGCUGGUCAUGUACUGUUUAAGGUGGAUGCCCGAAUUAGUGAAGGACUAUCCUGCAUUUAAGCAAGUCCCGAGUAUUAGCUUGCAGCAAGCCGUCAUUUAUAGCACAGCAGCAUAUGCCAUCUGGCAAUCCCUUUACUAUUUGUUCAUCAUGGUUCGUAGGAGGGAUAAAGUAGAAUCGGGAUUGAGACUGACAUCGUAUUCAUGGUUACUCAAUGACACACAUGGUAAAAAAGGGUUUAUACAGACAACAGCCUUUUUAUUUGGAGAAAAGUACAAGUUGGAAAUGUUCAUGUUGCUUCAACUGACCUAUAACGUGGUUACGUCUGUGCCCACCUAUUAUUUGUAUCAACAUUAUUGGCUGCAUACCUCCUUCUUGAUAGGUAUGUUUGCUGUUAGUGUAUGGAAUGGUGCUAGUUAUUAUAUUGAAGUAUUCUCAAGAAGAUAUGUUCAUGAACUAGAAAAGAUUAAAGAUAAAAUUAAAUAA